UCUCCCGCCCGGAGUGAGUUUUUGGUGUGCGUGAUAAAACAGUUAAAAAGCAGCCAGAUUCAACUGAAAAACAGCAGACUUGGCAAGCAUAAACACACAGUGCUCGUUUGUACUUCGCUAAUAUUUACGCAUUAUUAUGGACGAUACCAAGCAAAGGGAACUCAGUCAUGAAACCGAGGGCAUAGACUGGGGUGGUCAGGUUUCUCGACCGACUCAAUUGAUGGUCCACAAGAACUCCUGGAGUGAUGCAUUAGUUAAGAAUGCCCAUGAAGGCCUGAAUCUGCCAUCACCAGACUGUGACAGAUGCUCAGUGAUAACAGGAGAGUGUCUCUAUUACCAUUAUGGUUGUGAUGGAAAGGACGACAGAGGUUGGGGCUGUGGAUACAGAACCCUUCAGACCAUAGCUUCGUGGCUGUGUCUACAGUCUACCAGUGUGAGCCCCAGACACCCACCCAAUCUUUCAGAAAUACAACAAACUUUGAUACAAAUAGGGGACAAACCUAAGUCAUUCCUGGGUUCCAGAGAGUGGAUAGGCACAAUUGAGGCAGUACUUGUUCUUGACCAGCUUUAUGAUGUUCCCUGCCGCAUAGUUCAUGUGCGGCACGGAAAGGAGCUUGUGCAAGCUGUAGCGGAUCUUCAUAACCACUUCUGCACUCAUGGGUCACCUGUUAUGAUGGGAGGAGACCGGGACAAUUCUUCUAAAGGUAUCUUAGGUGUGUGCACAGGAACAAAUGGUAGCUAUCUGCUUGUCAUGGACCCUCAUUACUUUGGCUGUCCCUUAGAUAAAAACUUGUUGCAAAAGCAUGGUUGGGUUUCAUGGAAACCAGUUGGUUCUCUGGAUCAGUGCUCUUUCUACAAUCUUUGUCUGCCUCUUAAUCUUAGGAAGUGAAAGUGUUUACAAUAAUAAUGUAAGUGUUAGCCAUCAGAAUUUUUUAACUGUAAAGUCACAUUCCGAAUGACUACAUUUGCCUCUUGACAUUGUAUAAUGUUGUACUUUCUUUAUUUACAUGUAAACUCAUGAUGAAGUAUGUUUAUUUGCUCUUCUGCCUGUUUAUCCAGUCAUGCAUAAACAAGUUAAAUAAAGUUACCACACACACACACACACACACACACACACCUAUUGAUUCAUUGCCUAAUUAAAGAAAGAAAGAAACAAUUAUAUUCUGUACCAUC